AUGGCGGACAAAAAUGCCGACCGUGAAAGAAGAAGGACCGUGGAAGGCGAAUCCGGAAGGGCACCUGAUGAAACCAUUCUCGUUGCACGAGCUACAACUCUUGAAGCCCGCCUUUUCACUGUAGCACUUGUGGCUCCCGCUGCAGUCCCGGCAGAUGAUAAACCUGUACCCGCCGCACGCCUUGCAAGUGCUGGGGUCCGCUGCCGGCAACCCCUCCACGUAACCCCUCAGCUCGCCGCUCUCGUGGAGGCGCCGCACCUCCUCCACACCGCCCACGUACCUGCCGCCGAUGAAAACCCUCGGCAAGGCCGGCCUCGAUUUCCCCGGCACAGCCAGGAUCCUCCGCAGCUCGUCCAUGAAGGCAGAGUCCAUGGAGACGUCACGCUCGUCCAGCGGCACGCGGAAGGCCCGCAGGAUAGUCCGCACGGCCUUGCAGUCCUCGAAGGUGCAGCGGACGACCCGGAGGCUGGUGAAGUAGAUCACGAUGGACUCCUCUGCGCUCGGGAUCCGGAUCUCGGCGGCGGCUCCGCCGUCCGGCAGCAGCGGAGGGUGGGAGAGGGAGAAGGAGCGGAGGAGAGCCUUGGCGCUGCGGUUGCGGUGGCAGAUGGAGGGGGCGGUGCAUACAUCUCGGCCGGCGGCGCCGGUGAAAUCGUCGGGGGAGAAGAGGCUCCGAACGUCCUUGAAGGAGGAGCACGCGAAUUUGGGGGCGGAGGCGUUGUUGACCUGAGCUCUGGUUUCGGAGCGCCUCAGCCACAUGGGGUUUAUAAAAAACAAAACUGA